UCGAUUUUCGUAAGGAUUGAUAAGAAAUUCCCUUCAGCAGUGAAUGUAUAAAGUAUCAAAAUUAUCAGCUGUUUCUUCGCAAGAGACUUGUGAUGAGUUGAAAAUAGUUAUUUUGUGAACUUUUGCCAUGGGCCUGAAUACAGGUUAAGAACCCAAACUUAAAUCUAUUAGUCGAAACAAAAAUCAAAUAGCAGAGGUUAUCGCUUUAUUGCACAGUCAGUUCCUGAUAACACAAGACUUUAGAAGAACUCGAAGCAAAAAUACUGUUGGUUUCAUUUUCAUUGAAGUUCGAAUUUCCUGUCGAUCGGUCGAUCGUUCUCGGUACGGAUAAAACAAAUAUCGCGUUCUACAAAAAAAAACUUCGAUCAAUUUGUUUCAGUUUGAGUGUAGUCCACAGAAAAUAUCAGCAUGCCCGUGUCUUUUGUGCGGACUGGAAUUGCGCCUCUCGCUCGUGCUUACGGUGAACCGAUAGGAAAGAGUGUGUGUUUUUCGAGACCGAUAUUAGCACUGGAUAAAGUUUGCAAACAUCAUGCCUACACUAAUACUAGCGAAGGCGCAUGCCGUAAACGCUUUAGCACGAUUUCUCCAUACUGCAAGCCUCAGCAGCUCUUGGGCACAGUUCCACAAAAAUCAAUCACAGUGCACGGUUUAUCGCGUUCCAAAAGCGAUUUAUCUUCUAAUAUCCUCAGAGGUCCUGUUAAAUCGGAACCGUUUAAAAUGUCCGGCAAUGCAAAACUGCUCCACGAAAACCUUUGGGAGUCUGACCCAGAACUUAUGGGGCUGAUUCGAAAGGAAAAGAAACGACAAAUCCUCGGUUUGGAAAUGAUUGCUAGCGAGAAUUUCACCUCACUGUCAGUGCUACAGUGUCUGAGUUCCUGCCUGCACAACAAAUAUUCCGAAGGACUACCCGGACAGAGAUAUUACGGCGGAAAUGAGUUUAUUGACGAGAUCGAAAUUCUGGCGCAGCGCCGGGCACUCGCAGCCUACCGUCUUGAUCCCGAGCAGUGGGGAUGCAAUGUGCAGCCGUAUUCCGGAUCGCCGGCCAAUUUUGCUGUAUAUACGGGCCUUAUUGAACCGCAUGGCCGUAUCAUGGGAUUGGAUUUACCGGACGGUGGCCAUCUGACGCAUGGUUUCAUGACGGCCACGAAGAAAAUAUCCGCCACAUCGAUCUUCUUCGAAUCGAUGCCGUACAAGGUGGACCCAGUGACCGGGCUUAUCGAUUAUGACAAACUGGAGGAGAGUGCAAAGAAUUUCAAGCCUAAAAUCAUCAUCGCCGGAAUCUCGUGUUAUUCCAGAUGUCUGGACUACAAACGUUUUCGGCAGAUUGCCGACGCAAACGGAGCCUACUUAUUUGCAGAUAUGGCACACAUUUCCGGACUCGUUGCUGCCGGUGUCGUUCCAUCGCCGUUUGAGUAUGCUGACGUGGUGAGCACCACAACACACAAGUCCUUGCGCGGUCCCCGAGCCGGUGUCAUAUUCUAUCGGAAAGGUGUUCGUAGUGUAAAAGCCAACGGCGAUAAAGUUUUGUACGAUCUGGAAUCACGUAUCAAUCAGGCAGUGUUUCCCGGUCUGCAGGGUGGUCCUCACAAUCAUGCCAUCGCUGGAAUUGCAACCUGUAUGCAGCAAGCUCAGACUCCCGAGUUCAAAGAAUAUCAGGUGCAGAUUAUUAAAAACGCACGUGCCUUGUGUGAUGGACUACUGGCAAAAGGAUACAGUAUUUCGACAGGUGGAACCGACGUUCAUCUGGUAUUGGUAGAUCUUCGUCCCGUUGGAAUCACCGGAGCACGAGCGGAAUACAUCCUGGAGGAAAUUUCCAUUGCAUGCAACAAAAACACCGUUCCGGGAGAUAAAAGUGCUCUGAAUCCAUCCGGUAUUCGGCUGGGUACACCGGCACUGACGACACGCGGUCUCGUCGAAUCGGAUAUGGUAAAGGUAGUUGAUUUCAUCGAUCGCGGGUUAAAGCUGUCUCUGGAGAUAUCGGCAGUGUCGGGGCCGAAACUGGUAGAUUUCAAACGGGUACUUCACGAGGAUCCGGCGCUCAACGCGAAGGUACAAACACUGAAGAAAGAAGUUCAAGACUACAGCAAAAAUUUCCCAAUGCCGGGAUAUCAGGACUAUUAGGUAAGCCUGAAUUCUAUUCUUUCAUGGAAGGAACGCAAGCCUGUUAUGAAUGUUCAAGUGGUUCUUAGAACUGCGAAAAAAGUGAAAUAUAUACAUAUGACAAAUGUGCCAGAAAAUAUUAAAAAAAAAGGUUUUAAAACUAACAU